AAGAAGGGCCUUUAUCUUGGUUUUAUUGCCGUCUUAGACUGCUCACUGGUUUUCUUCAAUAGGAGCAUUGGCUGAUAAGAUUACACAUGUAGUUGAAGAACAUCGCGACCGUAUAUCAUCUUUAACUAAUGUGCACACGAAGAUAUAAAUGCCGCUUGCAAACAUCUGUGAUAAAUUACGAAUGACAUGAAGACACGUAAGAAGUAACAACACCUUUCCCAGGUUUCGAUUUCAAUAAGCAACUAGGGCGAUAUUGACGAUGUAAAUUGGAGAUAUGUGCUAAAACUUGAAUUAAUUCUCUUUACAAAUGUAAGCGUUGAAGUCCUAUGGGAAACAUAUCUUGUUUAUUCUGGAUGUAAAGAUGUUUUCGUGCGUCUGAAGAAUGGAUGUCGGAGUGCCGGAUGUUCAAGAGUGCGCCCGGCGGUUCGGCGUGUACCAGAUAUGCUCCACCACCGGCCCUUGUGUGGCUCUCAACGACACAUGCCCCUGUUUAGAAAGCAGCGACUUCCGUUGCGCAAACUCUCUGUGCCUAUCACCGCACUUCCGCUGUGACGGGAAACCAGACUGUCCCGGGGGCGAGGACGAAGUUGCCUGUCCAAGUAUUGGUCGCAUGGUGUCCGAGCGACCACAUGAGACGUCAAUGGCGGUGAUUGUUACCUUGGCAACCAUUUGCGCUCUUUUCUGCAUCGUCAUCCUGGUCAUGAUUGCGUUGUUUGUUGUUAAGAAGCGCAAGGCCAACAUCUCCAAUGACGACAAUUCAGGAUGCGCGGAACCACUCCGUCGGUCAUAUAUUACGGCUGAUACAAGUUCGUCAGAUGAUGAUGAUAAAGCGAGUCGAAGAAUCAUCAGAUAUUACCCAAUAGUUCCAGUCUGCAAAGAAAAUUCCUGUUUUGAGCCGUGUAAGAAAGCCAGUGUAGACAAUAAAUUGGUAACGCCAGAACGUCACGUUGGCCCUGGCGAAGUUUAUUGUGAAAACUUAACGAAAUAUAUCAAAGACGUCAAUAGAUACCUUGAUGUCUGUGCGGAAAUAUACGGACAAACGGACAAAUCACGAAAAGUGACACGUCUUGGAAAAUACACAUUUAAACGGAGAUUAAAAUACACAAACUGCAACGAACUAUUGUGCAGAGACAAAGAAACGAAAGAUAAACUUUACGUUAUUAAUAGUUAUAAACACUGUGCGGGGAAAAGUAUCGUCCCGUCGACCUUGACCUUCGAUAAGGACCCCGACAAUUUUACAGCAAAGUUUAAUAAAGAGUUUUUGUGUUCUUCCACACCAAGACAAGGUACAAAGCAGCUGUCGUUAACAAAUAUCUCGGCCAUAUCAACAGACAGUAUCGAUGUGUGAUCAAAUAUCCUUAAGCAAAUAAUAAGGCCACAUAAUAAAAUGUUUCGAAAUAA